AUGUCUCAACCUUUUCUUUUCCAAAAACGUGGCAAGCGGACACUCGUUAUUGCUUCGCGUUACAACGGCUAUAAAGGCAAUAUUGAUGAAAAUUCUGUAAAAGCCUCUAACAAAAAAAAUUACUUGUCAAAGGAAAACAUUUCUCCUGAACCUUUAAUAGUCAAGACUAAAAAUCAAAAAUCUCCCUUGAUUCAAAAAUCUCCUUUGAUUCAGAAAUCUCCCUUGAAGCAUACACUUUUACCGCCUAAAAAACAAAAAGUCAAACUUUCCAAUAGUCUGUCUUCUUCCCUUACACAUAAAUUCGCUAACUUGGAUUUAAAUAUGAACCAUUUGGAUUCGGAUUCGGAUUGUGAAGUGCUUGAAUUUAGUUCGCCUGAAAAAUCCCAAAAGGCUGCACGUGAUUCAAUGAAUACAUACACUAAGAAUAAUAAAUUCAGAAGACCUUCACCUAAACCAGAGCUACCGAAAGAAAAAACAUAUCCCCAGAGAUCUUUCAGAAGACCCUCCCCCAAAACAAAUAGAUUUUCCGAGUUUCGAGGGUCAUCGUCCGGAUCUAAUACUGAAAAAAAUGAUCUGAGGCCUAUUGAAAUUUUGGAAUCUUCUGAUAAUUCAAAAUUUAAAAGACAAUAUACUAGAUCAAUACUGAGUGAACGCAGUUUAAAGUACACGCAAACUUUACCAACUUUAAAUCAUAACUCUAAAAACAAAUUGUUCGCAAUAUCGCAAAAUAUUAGAGCAUCAUCUCCUCAACUCAUUGACCUGACUAAAGAUUCUAAAGAUCGUCCGAAAACUUUGAAAAAAUGUACAAAUGGAUUUAGGGCUCCUUCACCAACAAAGGGAAGGUAUAUAAACCUACCAAAACUUGAUUUACUAUCCGAUGAAGGUACACCUGAACCAAGCGAUAUGCGCAGAAAUAGAGAAGGUUCCACUGAUUUAAAAAAGAAAUGCCCUUAUUGUAAUGAGACUCUUCCUGAUCCCCUUCCUCCACGUAUACGUGCAUAUUUGGAAUCACCCACCAAAACACUUUCAUUGUCUUCGAUUAAGGGUUCUUCGUCAAACAUUGUAGAUCAAUUUGAAUUUUGUCGUCUUCAUGACGCAGAAUCUCACAUUGUACCAGAUGGUCUUCAAAAAAAUUACCCAUUAGUCAUUGACUUUGACACUCUACCGAAUCGGAUUAAAGUUUUUUUUCCUGAAUUAUUAGAGGUUGCAACCGGAAAAACUAAGAGUCUGUUCAGGGAAAUUGCGAUGGACGCGUACAACGAAUUGGGCAAAGCUAGAGCAAGGAAACCGACCGUAGUGAUGGGGAGAUUUCAAAAAUUUUUACCGGGUUAUUACGGUUCUAAAGGGUCCUCUGUUAUUUUUUCCACGCUCGUUUCCCUUUUUAUUGAAUCAAAACGAUUAACAUUGAAUAUGACUAAACCUCAAGAACCUCUGGAAUAUCUUAAUCAAGUACUUGUCCCUGAAACGGCAAUUAGACUAAUUGCCCAAGACCGGGGUGGCAUUGCAUUAAAUGAAGCAAGGGAAAUAAUGGAAGAUAGCAUAGAAUUUGGAAUGUAUGUGCACGAUGUAGAGGAAGAGGAUAUAUGA